AUGCCGGAGACCGACCGCUUCGACUGCCAGUUGUGCGAUCUGGCGAAUAACAUCGACGACAUGGUGCAGUGCGAAGGUUGCGGCAAAUGGUUCCACUACGGAUGCCCGUGUCACCCCACUGGUUUCGACGAUGGCAAGAAGGAGGAACACUGGAAGUGCCAAGAAUGCGUUGCCAAAUCAACACUCGGCGGCGGCGAAGGAAACUCUAGUGCCCAGGUCAGUAGCGAGCAGCAGCAAGCGACCAACUUCCCCCGGAGAGGAGAGUCGCUUGGGGAUGUCACUCGGCUUAACCUCGAAUUGCUGGAGGAGCGAAAGGCGUUUCUGUUGAAGGAAAUCGAGCUACAACAAGCGGCCCAGCUGGAACAGCGGAAGUUUCAACUGGAGAAGGAAGUCUGGAAGGCAAGAUACGACAUCGUAAACGCGAGGGGUGAAGCAGCCAGCAGCGAAGGGAAUACCAGUGGCCUUGGAGACUGGAUGCAUCGACUGAAUCAGUUCGCCGUUAGCCAAUUUCAGCCAAUUUCUGUGGCGGCGAGUGCGGUGACGGUUCCGACAACGAUCUCUGGAACAAGACCACCACAUUCCACUGCUAGUGGGAUCAAAUCCACCCCGCAAGCAAGUACGUCAUUCCCAGCAAUCGUGUCGCUCUUCGGGACAGAUUCAGGUGCAGUUUCCCAACCGUCGGCCAGCCAAGCGAUUCAUCAACAAAGCCACCUUCCGACGAGCGUUCAUCCGAUGGGACAAGCUACCAGCUUCAUGCACGACUUCCAGCCUGGAGGAGGAGCAAACCGUCCGGGAUCGUCGACGCCGAUCACAACAGCCAAUUGGGUCAAUCCAGUGACGGGUCUCACCAGCUCCACCCAGGCUCUACCACCAUCCAUCAGCUCAGUCGGACAGUUCGUUAACUACCCGAUGCAAUCGGUACACGUAAGUCAACCAUACCAGGUAACGACUAGCUUAGGCAAUUUUGCAUCAGUAGGUCAGGUAGCUUGUUCCCAAUACGCAAACUGUAGUGUAGGGCCAGUCCAUCCCCAAAUGAGUACAAUAAAUGCACACUCGUCCUACACUCCCUUCCCCCUCCCGACAAGUCUUCCUCAAGUCAACCCACAUAUUUCGCAAGCACCCUUUGGUGCCCCGAUGGCUUCCGUCGCGAAUAUCGAUAAUGCGGCGCCGACAGCUCGUCAACUCGCGGCGCGACACGUUAUGCCGAAGGAACUCCCAGUGUUCACUGGCAAUUCGGAAGAGUGGCCAAUGUUCUUUAGUGCUUUUAACACUUCAACGGAAGCGUGUGGCUACAGCAACGUGGAGAAUCUUGGCCGACUUCAGCGGUGCUUGAAGGGCGGCGCUCUAGAGGCGGUUCGCAGCCGUUUGCUGCUGCCUGCUUCGGUGCCGCAAGUGAUGCAGACGUUGCAGAUGCUGUAUGGGCGCCCGGAACAAAUAAUCUAUGCGCUGCUGCAAAAAGUACGAGAAGUUCCGGCACCAAAAGCGGAUAAUUUGUGUACGGUGGUGGCCUUUGGGAUGGCAGUUCAGAACUUCUGUGAGCAUCUGGAGGCAGCGGGACAAGUACUUCAUUUUUCGAAUCCGGUACUACUCCAGGAGCUUGUGGAUAAGCUUCCAGCAAAUCUGAAGCUAGAGUGGGUGACGUUCAAGCGGCAAUUUGCGAUGGCUGACCUCCGUGUAUUCAGCCGAUACAUGGCCAAUCUGGUGUCGGCGGCCGCCGAAGUCAAACUCACAUUGGACCCGAAAGGAUCGAAACCGAAAAGGGAAGAAAAGCAGAAAGGUUUCGUCAACGCCCAUGCUACACUAUCCGGUGCAGUGACAGCUGUGAAGCCAAAGGGGGAGUCAACGAAGGCAGUACCGCCGACCUCACUGUCGAUUACCUGCCUGGUCUGUGGAGAUCCGGAUCAUCGAGUAAAGGAGUGUGGAGCUUUCAAAAAGAUGAAUCCAGACGAUCGCUGGAAAACUGUCCGCGACCAUUCCCUGUGUCGGAUCUGCCUUGGGAAGCAUGGUAGAAAACCAUGUCGAUCCACGGCCCGUUGUGACGUGCAAGGCUGCCAAAUGCGCCACCAUCCACUUCUACAUAGCGACUCGGGAAGUUCAACGACAUCAGCCAAUUCGACGCCACAAGGAAGCGAGGCGGUGCCACGCAGCACCCCUGCCGAAGGCGUGAACGCACAUCACACCCAUAGCUCCACGCUGUUCCGCAUGUUGCCGGUGCGACUCUUCAGCAAGGGCAGGAGCUUAGAAACAUUAGCUUUCAUCGAUGAAGGAUCGUCCGUUACACUGCUGGAGAAGGGCAUAGCGGACGCUUUGCAGGCUGAAGGAGCGGAAAUGCGUCUUUGCCUAACCUGGACGAGCAAUAUCAGCCGAGAAGAGGAAGGUUCGCGCCAAGUGGAAGUAGAGAUUUCCGGAAUCGGAGGAGGCAGACGGUAUCCGCUGAAGGAUGUCAGAACCGUAGAAUCCCUGGCAUUGCCGGUACAGACGCUGCGCUACAACGAGCUCGCUGACCGGUUCGAACACCUACGAAAGCUGCCGGUUACAGACUUCGAAUCUACGGCUCCAGGAAUUCUCAUUGGAGCAAAGAACACCCAUCUCACCGCCACUCAGCAAAUACGGGAAGGUCGCGUAGGAGAACCGAUCGCAGCGAAGACCCGUCUUGGAUGGGCUAUCUACGGAUCAAUGCCAAACGGGACGAAUUUUGCGAGUUGCAACCUGCACAUUUGCGGUUGCGAUUCUGACAACAGUCUGCACGAGCUAGUGAAGCAGUACUUCACGGUGGAUAAUGUAGGCGUUGCGGUGGAUCGAAGUCCUGAAUCAGACGAAGACAAGCGGGCAAGGACACUACUGGAGCAGACAACGAGGCGAGUCGAAGGCGGAUUCGAAACCGGACUUCUGUGGCGCUACGUUCACGUAGAGUUCCCCGAUAACUACGCCAUGGCUGCACGACGGUUACGCUGCUUGGAGAAGCGCUUCAUUGCUGAUUCAGCCUUAUUCGAGAACGUCCAGCGUCAGAUAGCGCAGUAUCAGCAGAAGGGCUACAUCCACGAGGCGACGGAGGAGGAGCUGGCGACGGCCGACCCAAGACGGUUGUGGUACCUUCCCGUCGGAAUAGUGCGGAACCCGAAGAAGCCAAACAAGAUCCGAAUCGUGUGGGACGCGGCGGCAACGGUGGACGGUGUUUCCCUGAACAGCAUGUUGCUGAAAGGGCCGGAUUUGGUUCAACCACUACCGGAUGUUCUCUGUGGAUUUCGGGAGCGAAAGGUAGCAGUGGUGGGAGAUAUUAUGGAAAUGUUCUAUCAACUGAAAAUCCGACCAGAAGAUCGAUACAGUCAGCUUUUUCUUUGGUCCGGAGACACCGGCCACUCCCCAAAGACCUUCGUUAUCGACGUAGCGACAUUCGGCUCCACCAGCUCCCCAUGCUCGGCGCAAUACGUGAAAAACGUGAAUGCAAGCGAACACGCAGAGGAAUAUCCGAGAGCAGCAGAGGCGAUUGUGCGCCGACAUUACGUCGACGAUUACCUGCAAAGUUUCGACAACGAAGAAGAAGCGUGUCAGGUCGUAGAGGAGGUCAAGCUAGUGCAUCGACGUGGCGGAUUCAUCAUCCGCAAUUGGUUCUCGAACUCGUCCGCAGUUAUCCAACGGGUCGGGGAAUCCGACACUACACCAACGAAGAUCGUCAGCGAUGGCGGAGCUCCAGGCAGUGCUCAGAUAGAACGUGUUCUGGGCAUGCAGUGGAAGGCAACUGAGGACGUGCUUGUAUUCUCCAGCGAAACCGACAUGGAAGUAAACCCCACCAAGCGAAGCAUUCUGCGAUAUGUAAUGAGCCAGUUUGAUCCGCUUGGGCUUCUUUCCCACUUCCUCAUCCACGGUCGCAUCAUUAUCCAGGACAUCUGGCGUACGAAAGCAGGAUGGGACGACACGGUAGAUGGGCAGAUUCUGGAGCGAUGGUGUUUGUGGACCGCAAAGUUCAAGGAGCUGGAAGAGGUACGAAUACCACGCGCCUAUUUUCCGGGCGUGACGGCGUCGGACAUUGAAAAUCUGCAGCUCCAUGUUUUCGUCGAUGGCAGCGAGACUGCCUAUGCGUGCGUCGCCUACUUCAGGGCCACUAUCCACGGAGAGUAUCACUGCGCACUUGUCGGAGGAAAAGCGAAAGUAGCUCCGAUAAAAGCCCUCUCGAUACCGAGACUAGAGCUCCAGGCAGCAUUGAUAGGCUGUAGGCUUAUGAAAACACUUUGCAACAGUCACAGCCUGCCGAUAUCCCAGCGAGUGUUCUGGACCGAUUCGAAGACCGUUCCAUCGAAGGCUAAUGUCGCAGACGACGGCACAAAGUGGGCCAGUGGACCAAAUUUGAAAACUGACAGCCGUUGGUUUAGAGGUCCGGACUUCCUGUGGAAGUCUGAAGAAUCGUGGCCACGCCAGGCUGAACCCGAAGCAACUAUCGUCGAGAUAAGACCGUGUCACGUUCACCUUACGCUGGAGCCUUGUGAGGUCAUAGCCUGGAGCCGCUUCUCUAAAUUCGAAAGGCUAAAACGGACUGUUGCCUACAUCUAUCGCUUCGCAGACAAUUGCCGGCGGAAGGCGACGAAGCUGCCGUUACGGAGCUCGCACGUCACGCACGAAGAACUAAAUAAAGCGGAAAACGCAAUCUGGCGGCUAGUGCAGCAAGAGCAGUUCCCGGAAGAGAUGAUUCAGCUGUUGAAGGCGAAGGAAGGACAGAAGCUGAAGUUGAACAGAUCCAGUAAAAUCUACAAACUGUCACCGUUCAUCGAUGAAGUUGGAGUAGCCCGAAUGGAUACACGAAUCGCUGGAGCAAUCUUCGUACCGUUCGAAACCAAGUUUCCCAUAAUUCUUCCGAAAGGACAUCGGCUAACUAAACUGGUCGUCGAGUGGUACCAUCGGUGCUACCUUCACGGAAACGUCGAGACCGUGAUCAACGAAGUGCGCCAGCGGUUCCACGUUCCGUGUCUACGCGCGUUAGUGCGGAAUCAGACAAAGACCUGUGUGCAGUGUAAGGUGUCCAAGGCCAAGCCAACGUGUCCGCUUUCGUUGGGCUAG